AUGAAUGAGUUCCGAGGAAGAAAAGUUCAAAAGAUUGAAAGUCCGGUUCCAGGAUGCUUGGGGAGGAUGGUAAACCUAUUUGAUCUAGGAACAGCCGUUCAUGGGAACAAGUUGCUUACAGAUAAACCACAUCAUGAUGGAUCCUCUCUUUCAAGGAGUCGAUCUGAUGUGACCCGAAUGCCAAGCCCCUCUUAUAAAGGCCAUUCAGAAACUGAAUUGAUUAUGUCUGAUUUGAGGAGAAGUGCUUCUAGCAAAGUGAAUGGUACACCGAUGAAGAAACUCAUUGCUAGAGAGAUGUCAAAAGAAGUCCAACAUAAACAAAGCCCAACUAAUGUGGUUGCUAAGUUAAUGGGUUUGGAAACACUUCCACAGAUGGAUCUUGAGACUGCUGCACCGCAAAGGAAAUCCAGGAGCAAUUCUCACUCUUCGCUGAAUCAUUCCGUGUCUUCUGUGGAUACUGAGGUCCAAAAGUAUCAGGAGCUCAGCAGGGAAUUUAAAGAUGUGUAUGAAAUGUGGCAGUCGCCUCAGAAGGCAAGUCGUUCAAGGGAUUGCUCACCUAGAAAAGGAAGGUAUGAUGAAAGUAUAACUGAGAAACAGAUGGCUCUUGUUCGAGAAAAGUUCGCGGAAGCAAAACGCCUCGUAACAGAUGAGAAUCUUCGACAAUCCCAAGAGUUCCAAGAUGCACUUGAAGUUUUAAGCUCCAACAAGGAUUUAUUUGUUAAAUAUGUCCAGGAAUCAAAUUCAUUCUCUCAGUAUCUUUCUGGCUUUCAGCCUGUUCCUCCUCAUCCAGAGGCGAAGCGAAUCACAGUAUUGAGACCUUCAAAGGCUGUUGAAACUGAAAAAUUUGUGGUUCAAGGGAGGAAGAACAAGCAGGCUAAAAAGUUUGCUUCAUCAAGCCAAGAAAGUGGAUGGGGAAACCGUGAUCUGGGUUACUCUUCAUCUACUGUUAACCGGAGAACCGAGGAGCACCCUGUACAGCCGACCCGUAUUGUCGUCUUGAAGCCUAGUCUGGGAAAGUCUCUAGAUAUAAAGGCUGUUUCAUCAAGCACAUCCUCUCCGAGAGGUCUGCACAAUGGAGGCUAUUUUGAUGAGCCUGGAGAUGUUGAGACUAAAGAAGUGGCAAGGGAAAUUACUCGUCAAGUGCGUGAAAAUCUGAUGGGUCACCACAGGAAUGAGACUCAGUCUUCUUCUGUCUUAUCCAAUGGUUACAUCAGUGAUGACAGUUCGUUUAACAAGUCUGAUAAUGAAGAUCCAGUGGGGAACUUCAGCGAUUCUGAGAUCAUGUCACCAGCUUCUCGGCAUUCAUGGGACUGUCCAAAUAGGUUUGAAAGUCCUUUCUCUCCUUCUUCCUUCAGCCGAGCGUCAUUUUCUCCAGAGUCGUCUGUCUGCAGAGAGGCGAAGAAGCGACUCUCUGAAAGAUGGGCUUUGAUGUCAGUAACGAGAGGCACUCAGCCGCGUAAACAUAUCCCAAGAACCUCAAGCACCUUAGGCGAAAUGCUUGCACUCUCGGAGACCAAAGUGACAACUGGAUCCUACGAAGAGAGCAGUGAAGUAGCACCAGCGACUAGGGUGUCAACAUCAUGCAUAACGAGUGAUAUGAAUCAAGUGGAAAUGGCAAGUGAUUCUCUGAAUAUCCUUGCGAGGUCAAAAUCAGUCCCUGAGGUCAGGCUCAACGGAGAAACAUCUGUCUUGGGAACUUCGAGAGGACAGGCUCCACGAGAGCUGACUGAGACGGCAAGCCUGAAAUCAUCAUGGAAAGUCUCGAACUUGUUCUUCUUCAAGAAUAAGAAAACAAGCAAGGAGAAAAGAGAUGCAUCUCAGUGCAGCAGUAUGUCUCAGUUACCCAUGCCAUCUUCUGUGUCUCUUCCCGGGAAAACGAACGAGGAUUGUUUGAUUCCUAGAGAUUGUAUCCCUCCUGAUGCAUCACCACAGCAAAGUAUAAUCCCAGGAGAGGAGGAACUGACUACACCGAAGCCCUUGGCGGCAGGAAAUACAAGUGAAAACCAGGACCAGCCGAGUCCAAAUUCGGUUUUGUUUCCGCCAUUUGAAGAGGAAGGUGUUGGGAUUCCAGAAUGUUCUGGGUCAACCACGACCCAAGGAGAAGAAAUGUCUCUUAAGUCUAAUCUAAUCGACAAAUCACCACCAAUUGGGUCAAUCGCUCGGAUCCUCUCAUGGGACGAUGACUCUUCCACAGACAUAUCUAAACCCGCAACCGAAGUCCACGAGGAUGAAGACUGGUAUUUAUUCAUCGAAACGCUCUUGAUAGCUGCGGGUUUCAGCAGAGGCAGCACCGUCUCUCAUGACUCGCUGAUGUCGCGGUGGCACUUGCCAAACAGUCCCUUAGACCGUUCACUCAGAGACAAAUACACCAACGAAGAUAACAACGUCAAAGAGUUCAUCCACGAAGGCAAACGCAGACAACACCGAUCAACCUGCAAGCUCAUUUUCGACUGCAUCAAUGCCAUCAUUUCAGAAUCCACGAUUACACACAUGGGCAAUGAUUCUCUGCGGUUCGACCUGGUUGAGCAUGUGUGGGCCCAGAUAAAGGACUGGGUUUCUGAUGAGCAUAGCAAGCGUGACUCAGGAGAGGACAUGGACGCAAACAGUUUAGCUGCAGAGAGUCUAGUGAAGGACGAAAUCCUUGGAAGGAAGUGGACUGAUGGCUUGCAAGUCGAAAUAGACGACUUUGGUAUUGAAAUUGAAAGCAGAUUGCUGCAAGAGCUUGUAGAGGAAGCCGUCAUAGAUUUUACACGAUGA